AUGGGAAGUCCAGGUGCUCUUCCUGCUCAUCUCUCAGGAUUUGGAAGGCCCGUUCCUGAUGGUGAAAACAGCCUGGAGUAUCUUCUUGAUGUAAUCAAAGAGUAUGAUGAGUCCACUAUUGGACUUGAGCCUCUUGUUCUUUACCAAAGAGAUGGAAUCAAACCGGAUCCAGUUGCCAGGACGCCUAUUCCCAAGACACCAAAGACCCCCAAAACGCCAAGAACUCCAUAUAUGAAUACCCCUGGAUCCAAGCAUGCACUUAGCCUUCGGAGCCAAGCAUUUUCAAUUAAUGGAAAUAUGACAUCUAGAACUGACUCUGUACAAUUUGAUUUUGAUGAUGAUGACGGUGAUAACUUUGAUAAUUCCCUUGAGCGUGGAACUAUGCCUACGCCAAUGCAUAAGCAAAGUGGUGUCUAUCAACCACGUUUGGCAUCACAGUUCUACAAAGAUUUUUCAGUCUGGCUCUACCAUGGUGUCAAGGGAACUCCCCGCCGUGCACCCUCUUGGACUCCCGCUAGAACUCCAGGAACGACUCCAGGAAAAUCGCAAAUUUCUGGAGCAAGAAGUCAAGUCUCAAGCCGGUAUACAACCCCACAACAGAUCCCUUCUCGCCCAAAAACUCCAGUGGUCUUUAGCUCCUCAGUGGAGGACUCAUAUGCUGCUUCUUAUGAGGAUUUUGACAUGGAAGAAGAAGAAGUGCUUGAUGAGCCAGCACACGGUCCUAAAUUUGCUAACCCAUGGCUCCGAGAGGUUGCAGUUCUCUCAUGGCGCACAGCACUCAAUGUUGUUCGCACUCCUGAGCUUUUCCUGUCGAGAGAAAUCGUAUUAACUGUUAUGGCACUAAUUCUUUCCUCACUUUUCAAGAACCUGAGUGAACCAAUAUUCAAAACAGUGAACCGGCUUCUGAAUUUCUACAUCUUUGCAGUUUGCCUGGUUUUCUUUUCAUCCAAUGAUGCUGUCCCAACAUUCAUCCAGGAAAGAUUCAUCUUCAUCAGAGAAACUUCCCACAACGCAUACCGUGCUUCCUCUUAUGUCAUCUCCUCUCUUAUAGUUUAUCUCCCAUUUUUUGCCAUUCAAGGUUUAACCUUUGCUGCCAUAACCAGAUUCCUGCUGCAUCUGAAAAGCAGUCUCUUAAACUUUUGGAUAAUACUCUACGCUUCUCUAGUUACUACGAAUGCUUAUGUUAUGCUUGUUAGUGCACUUGUCCCCAGUUACAUCACAGGCUAUGCAGUUGUGAUAGCCACCACAGCACUUUUCUUCCUGACUUGUGGGUUCUUCCUGAAGAGGACCCAGAUACCAGUCUAUUGGAGGUGGCUGCAUUAUAUAUCUGCAAUCAAAUAUCCAUUUGAAGCGAUGUUAUCAAAUGAGUUCAAGGGAACAAGGUGCUAUAAUGGGGCUCCUGCAGACCUUUCACCUGGUCCUCUAGGAGACAUAAAACCUAGCAAACUGCAUACUAGUUACACAAAUGGAACGACCUGCCCGCUGAUAGGAGAAGAUAUUCUAACCACAAUGGAUAUUAAGAUGGACAAUCUUUGGUAUGACAUUGCAAUCUUGCUAGCUUGGGGAGUUCUUUACAGGCUCUUCUUCUACGUGGUUCUCAGAUUUUAUUCCAAGAAUGAGAGGAAAUAAAUAUCCUCUUUGCAUUUGCUUCUCUUUCAAAUCCAAGUUUGUCGGCUAAGUGAAGACAGUAUCCAUACAUAUAGAUGUUAGUAGCAUGUAAUGAAUGUUGGAAGUUCUAAUGAUGAGAUUUAGCCUUCUGUUCUUGAUACUUGGGGGAUUGUUGUUGGGAAAGCCAAAAAUUAGUUUCUAAUUGUUUUUUAAAA